GUGAUUUUAGUCUAACCAGCUUCAGUCCUGUCACAACAGUGAGGGGCGUCUUUUCGCUACGCUGGCGCUCUGGGAAUACUAACCAUUUCAGAAACAACUAGCUAAAACUAACAACCCCGCUUUUUUUCCUUCGUCAUUCUCGAGACUUUACAGCUUGUUCUCUGCGACAGUAUCUCAGAAACACUGCGACGUGUGUAUUUUCAAGGUGGAAGCACGAAGAUUCACUGACAGCUGGAGUGUGUACCAAGCUGGUCUAGUUACCUGUUUGGUGGAUCACUGGAUUCAGCAGAGUGUUUGAAAAGUUAAGGCCUGGGGAAAGUUAAUAAGAAGAUUCGAUCAGCUGGCAAACCACCCCCCCCACCACCCCCACCUUCCUCGACGCCAUCCUCUUAUCCCAGCCAUUGUCUUUGUCCAGUGUUGCUGUGACUCACUGACAUAGUUGGAUGCUGAGGAAGUUCACUGAAGAUUGAACGUUUUUUGAAUGGAAGACCUCAAAGAGACUUUUAAUCCUUGAAGACCCUGCAAACACCUUAUCUUCAUAACCCCUUCUGCACACGGCUGCCGAGGUCCUUUCCCGAGAGACGAAGGGGCAGCAGAGAUUGGUGGAUUGCUGGAUGUGACAAACACCUUUGUUGGUUAGGUGAAUCUGCUGUGGGCCAUGUGUUACUGGUGAGGUCUCUUCCUCUGCCAAAAUGAGGCUGAUGGUCGUCUUGCCUCGACCCAUCCUGCCAGCCUUCCUGGCUCUUACCUUUGUCGCCUUCUUAGCUCAGCUGUCCUCAGGAGCCACGCCGUUCCCCCAAGACCUGGAACCAAUCAGCGUCGUGGGCAGAGAAACCUCGUACCUCUACCCCAGCUUCCAGGGACUCAUGUCAGACAAUGACACUGUCCGCCUGGGUCUGGAUUUCCAGCGGAUGCUAAGGAUCAACCACAUGCUCUAUAUCGCUGCACGGGACCAUGUGUUUGCCAUCAAUCUUGCAGCUUCAUCUGAGCAGAUAAUCCCACAGCAGAAACUGACUUGGAAGACGAAGGAUGUGGAGAAAUGCACUGUGAGAGGGAAAAACAGCGAUGAAUGUUACAACUACAUCAAAGUUCUGGUACCACGCAAUGACGAGACGUUAUUCGCCUGCGGCACCAACGCUUUCAAUCCCACCUGCCGUAACUAUAAGAUGUCGACACUGGAGCAGGAAGGGGAGGAGGUGGUGGGACAGGCUCGAUGUCCCUUCGAGUCCCGCCAGUCCAAUGUCGGCCUUUUCGCAGGUGGUGAUUUCUACUCUGCCACCAUGACUGACUUCUUGGCAAGUGACGCAGUUAUUUACAGAAGUUUGGGUGAAAGCAGCCCCGUGCUGCGUACAGUGAAGUAUGACUCCAAAUGGCUGCGAGAGCCCCAUUUCCUCCAUGCCAUUGAGUAUGGGAACUACGUGUACUUCUUCUUCAGCGAGAUCGCAGUGGAGUACACCACUCUUGGCAAGGUGGUUUUCUCAAGGGUUGCACGUGUUUGUAAGAACGACAAUGGGGGCUCCCCGAGGGUGCUGGAACGUUACUGGACAUCAUUUCUUAAAGCUCGGCUGAACUGUUCUGUUCCUGGUGAUUCUUUUUUCUACUUUGAUGUUCUCCAGUCUCUCACCAAUGUACUCCAGAUUAACCACCGGCCGACUGUGCUCGGAGUCUUCACCACACAGGCAAAUAGCAUCACUGGCUCAGCAGUCUGUGCUUUCUACAUGGAUGACAUAGAGAAGGCCUUCAGUGGUAAAUUUAAAGAGCAGAAGAAUAGUGAGUCAGCCUGGACACCUGUUCCAGAGGAGCAAGUCCCAAAACCAAGGCCAGGCUGCUGCGCUGGCGAGGGAUCAGCCGCCGCCUACAAGUCAUCCACCAAUUUCCCUGACGAAACUCUGACUUUCAUCAAGUCUUAUCCGCUCAUGGAUGAGUCCGUCCCCUCCGUCAACGACCGACCCUUUUUCACCCGCACCACCAGCAGGUUCAAGUUGACUCAGAUUGCAGUGGAUACAUCUGCAGGGCCAUAUAAGAACUACACGGUAGUCUUCCUCGGGUCAGAUAAUGGCCAUGUGCUGAAGAUCCUGGCCAGCACUGAGGGAGCCAACGCAUCUUUCAGCACCCAGCUCCUGGAGGACCUUGAUGUCUAUAACCCUAACAAGUGCAAUGUGCAGGGGGAGGAUAGGAGGGUCCUGGGGCUUGAGUUGGACCGGGAUCAUCAUGCGUUGUUUGUGGCGUUCUCAAGCUGCGUGAUCCGUGUGCCGCUGAGCCGCUGCUCUGAGUACAGCCACUGCAAGAAAAGCUGUUUGUCCUUACGGGACCCUUACUGCAUCUGGCUCAAGUCGGGCAGCUGUGUCAUAGUUUCACCUGGUUUCAGAGGCGGGUUUGAACAGGAUGUGGAGAACGGCUACCAUCAGCACCCCGAUACCUGCCACGAUGUCUUGGCAACCACUCGCAAGCAGAACACAGCACUGGAUUCAGCGUAUGGGAAGACCACACCCACAAGCGCCAGCACAACCUAUCAUGGGGCGGCAUUCCCAAAGGAGGCAGGUGACCCUGAAAGAGGUACAGGUCCUGAUCGCCCUCCCCCUGUUGGGGAACAAGGGUCACCUGACUCGGAGCCAAUCAGUGUGGAGAUGGAGGGUGUGAGGCGACCUCCAGAGCAAGACAAACCCAGUCCUAGUGUCCAUUAUACUCUUCUGAUUGCUUGUGUUUUGGUGGCCUUUGUCCUUGGUGCCUUCCUCUCUGGCUUCCUGGUUUCAUGCUACUGUAAUCACACAAGCCACAAGACCAAGAAGUUGUCGAAAGACCCCGAAGCCCCAAUCCCACAUGCUCUAUCACUGCGCAGCCUGGCCAAGCUCAAUGGCCUCCUGGACAGCCAAAGUAAGGACGACAAGCUGGAGGUGUCAUCUCCCAAGAUCUACAACUCUUUCUUCGCCAACAGUAAGGAGCAUCACCCAUCGAGGAGAAACGGUCAUCAUGGAAUGACAAUGGGAGACUUGGUCCAUGCCCAGCAUCACCAACUCCACCAUUCCUCAGAGCUGUCUGGUCUGCCUACACCAGACUCGACCCCAGAGCUGCCAAUUAAGAGCAUGAAAGCAUUCAAGAACCAGUGGGAGAAGAAUCAGAACUGCAACAAUGCCAAGGAACCAAAGUCCCAUAAUAUUGGCUCCAGGCCCAGCUCUGCCCUGCUUCACCAGCAGGUCUUCCCCUACUCCCAUGGACUGUCUAAUAGCCACUCAGCAGCCGGACACCUUCAUCCCGAUGAACGCAAAAUCCACAAUGUUGAGCGUGUGUUGUCUCAGCAGCCUUACGCUGGCUACUCUCAGAAGGUGAUGGAAGUAACCUCACUCGAUGAGCUUCUGAAGCACAUCCACGAGGCUAGCGGCAGCAAGAACUCUCAGCUAAUGAGCCCAUCUGGUCUGAUGGCCAGCGGAGGUGGAGGCCAGCUAGCCUUUGCCAACCGUAUCCAACCUCAGAUACCUGAGACAGAAUCAGCCCCCUACUACAGCUCAUCCACUUUACCACGUGACAGCCUCACCCGUCGCAUGGAUGUUCCCCCAGACAUUCCCAUGCACCACCAGUCUACCUUGGAGAGGAGGCAUUCCUCCCAAAGGCAAUCACUGAUUGCUGCAGCCACCAAAAUGCCCAACGGAGGUGGAGUAGUAGGAGGAGGGGGAGGAGGAAUGAUCCCUCGCCAACACAGCUUCAGCCAACGAAAUGGCGGGCCCCACCAGCCACCUCCCCUUUUGGCGCGGAUGAACUCGACGGGCAGCGCGUGUGAGGUUCACUAUCCCCUGCUUCCCAAUGGAUACCUGGCACGUCAGCACAGUUAUAAUGGAGAACAGCAAGAGGUUCCACACAGGGGUGCGAUCGUCCGUCGGGCAGCUUCUCUCAAACCUGACGUCCCUCCCAAGCCCUUGUUCAUACCUGCCACAUCCCCAGUCAAUGAACAGGGAAAGUUCAACUACUGAGGGGUAUGCUCUUGGACUAAGAGAAGGAGCCUCCCCCCCUCCCCUCAUUGUGUCAUCUGUAAGAAACUUUGAAGAAAUGCAGUGAGUUUGGGGUUGCAGACCUUUACCUGAAAACGCAACCAACUGUGUGGCACCAGUGUCACUGUGGACAAAAGCCUCAACCAAACUUGUUUUUUGCCGCUUCUUUUUGUCCAACGAAUAUCUUUGUACCAUAUUGGUAUUGCUUAGCUACUUGCUUAUUAUAGAACCGCUUACUUGGGUGACGUGAUGCCACCUCCUUAUAUUAGGCUGCCAAUGUCCUCAAUGUGGAUUUACAAUGCAACUCCGUUUUUGGACACGUUGAUGUUGGAAAAACUUGACACAUCAGUCAUCUUGAAGACUUAAAAGCUCGAGGCUCGCUUAGAUUCAUGCUUUUGCUUAACCUUUUCUGAUGUAGUGUUGGUAUCCGGUCCCCACCCACC